AGGCUGGCACCGGUCGCGGCCGCGGCGAGUUACAUCGUUUUCCAAUCCGCCCGCGUCCGCCGCCGCCCGGGACAGAGCCACGAUGUUCGGGAUGCUGAGCAGCAGCUUUGAGGAUGAUCCCUUCUUCUCGUGAGUGUCGGGGGACGGGGGCCCGCGGUCGCGCGGGAAUUAAGUGAUUCUUUUAUUGCACACCGAGAAAGUAUGCGACAGAUGAUGAGAAGUUUUUCUGAACCUUUUGGAAGAGACUUGCUCAGCAUCUCUGAUGGUAGAGGAAGAGCUCAUAAUCAUAUGAGACAUGAUGAUGGCGAAAAUUCCUUGACUCGUACAGAUGUCAACCCUUUUCAGGCAAUGGACCGAAUGAUGUUAAAUAUGCGAAACAGUAUGCAGGAAUUACAAAGAAACUUUGGUCACCUUUCAGUGGAUCCAAAUGGACAUUCAUUUAGUUCUUCCUCAGUUAUGACUUAUUCCAAAGUAGGAGAUGAGCCACCAAAGGUUUUCCAGGCCUCAACUCAAACCCGUAGGGCUCCAGGAGGAAUAAAGGAAACUAGGAGAGCAAUGAGAGAUUCUGAUAGUGGACUAGAAAAAAUGGCUGUUGGUCAUCAUCUUCAUGACCGAGCUCAUGUCAUUAAAAAGUCAAAGAACAACAAGACUGGAGAUGAAGAGGUCAAUCAAGAGUUCAUCAAUAUGAAUGAAAGUGAUGCUCAUGCUUUUGACAAUGAGUGGCAAAAUGAGAUUUUGAAGUACAAACCAGUGGGACAGUGGCACAAUGUAGAAAACCCUAGGAUGAGAAGUGUUGGUCAUGAGAAUUCAGGCUGCCGAGAACUUAAAAGAAGGGAGAAACCUCAUCAAAGUCCAGCCAUUGAACGUGGAAGAAGAUCAAAUGUUUUUGUGGACAAACUCAACAUCAAAGGAUCACCUGUGAAAAUCAACAAAAAAUAAAUAGCCUUGCAUUUGAUUUGUUUAGUUUUGAUUGUUUUAACAGAGAAAGUAAUGGUGCUGGGUAAUACACAUAAGACCAAUCCCUUGUUAAAUCAGUACUGUACUAAACUUUCUUCUGAUAUCUGAAUGUUCUUGGAAGUGCUAGCUUUAUAUUGUCCAUACUUUAGGAAUAAAACUUUGAUUUUCAACAA